ACUUAGAUAAUCAAUCAUUUUACGCAAGAGGAAUCUCAUCUUCUCUCUGUGCGUGUGUUAAAAGUCGGUUAAAGCUGUGGCGGAGAAAUUUCCGAUUAAUUGGCUUCUUCUCUCGGGAAUCACCACUUUCUGCUUCAAAUGAAUGCUCUGUAACCAGUCCAAACCGCCAUUAUUUCCCAUAUACAGAGAGAGAGAGAGAGAGAGAGAGAGGGAAUCGGAGGUGUUGUUGCCGGUGGAAGAUGAAGUUUUGCAAGAAAUACCAGGAGUACAUGCAAGGGCAAGAGAAGAAAUUACCUGGGCUUGGAUUCAAGAAGCUUAAGAAGAUGUUGAAGAAGUGCCGGAGCGAUUUUCAGUCCGGCAAUCCCAUCGAUGGACUCCAUCACAACCAAACAUGCCCUGAUCACCAUGACAGCCAAACAUGCCCUCACCAUUGCCCAGUGUGCGAUGGAACCUUCUUUCCUUCUCUUCUCAAGGAAAUGUCUGCAGUAGUAGGUUUCUUCAAUGAGCGUGCCAAGAAAUUGCUUGAGCUCCAUCUUGCUUCUGGCUUUCGGAAGUACUUUAUUUGGAUCAAAGGUAAGCUUAAAAAGAAACAUGUUACCUUAAUCCAAGAAGGAAAGGAUCUUGUUACUUAUGCACUCAUCAACGCCGUCGCAGUCCGAAAAAUACUAAAGAAAUACGAUAAGGUUCAUUACUCUAAGCAAGGUCAGGCCUUCAAGUCACAAGCUCAAAGCAUGCAUAUUGAAAUUCUGCAGAGUCCCUGGCUGUGUGAGCUUAUGGCUUUUCACAUAAAUCUAAGGGAAAGCAAGGCGGAGUCUAGCAAGGCAUCAGCUCUGUUUGAGGGAUGCAACCUCACAUAUAAUGAUGAUGGCCAACCAUCACUUACUUGUGAGCUCUUUGAUUCCGUCAAAGUUGAUAUUGACCUCACUUGUUCCAUAUGCUUGGAAACAGUCUUUGAUCCGGUUGCCCUCACUUGUGGCCACAUAUUCUGCUACAUGUGUGCUUGCUCAGCCGCAUCAGUGACUAUUGUUGAUGGCCUAAAGGCAGCAGAGCCUAAAGCAAAAUGCCCUCUAUGUCGACAGGCGGGAGUUUAUGAAGGUGCUGUACACUUGGAUGAGCUUAAUAUUCUAUUAAGCCGCAGUUGUCAUGAGUACUGGGAGGCGCGGCUUCAAACAGAAAGAGUCGAGAGGCUUCGUCAGAUAAAAGAUUAUUGGGGUCACCAAUGUCAGGCAUUUAUGGGUGUCUAAUUAGGCAAUGCCAUUCCUAGGCAGUGCUGUUUAUUUGAAAAUGUAGACCUAUUUGAGCUGGUUUAUGUUUCUUGUAUAUUCUCUGAUGUGGAAUAAAAUCUGUACAUAGUUUUGGCGAAAA